AUGGUCUUACAGCGAGACUUCUACGUCGACGAUGUUCUCACAGGAGUUGAUACAAAGGACGAGGCACGAUCACUGAGAACGGAGCCCACAGAAUUGCUUAAACUAGCCGGCUUAAACAUUCGAAAAUGGGCAUCGAACGACCGGGAGCUGCUACGAGGACUUCCCGAGCAGGACAUAAACGAUAAGCUGCUACUAGGCGAAUCGCAAACCUUCAAAAUUCUGGGUGUUGUUUGGAAUUCCUUUGACGAUUCGAUCCUAUAUUCCGUCAAAAUCAGUCCUACCGCCUCUCGAAUUACGAAGAGAACAAUCAGCUCCGAAGUCGCCAAGAUCUACGACCCUCCUGGAUUACUGGCACCAGUGAUAGUUCGAGCUAAGAUGUUGCUCCAACGACUUUGGACAUUAAAAAUUGAUUGGGACGAAUCUCUUCCGGCUGAUAUAUACACAGAAUGGAGCAAAUAUUAUGCACAGCUACCUUUGCUAAAUAACGUGAAGUUUCCACGUAAAAUUAUAAUCAAGACUGCAGCGGAAAUUGAAUUACACGGAUUCUGUGACGCCAGCGAAAGGGCGUAUGGGGCAUGUGUUUACCUUCGCACCAUCACUCCGGAUGGUCAUGUCUGGACACGAUUCCUCACUGCAAAGCCAAAGGUGGCUCCACUCAAAUCACAAACCAUUCCAAGGCUAGAACUGAGUGGAGCACUUCUUCUCACAUCAUUGGCCACUACAGUCCUUGAAGCCUUACCAAGCAACAUUUCUCGGACCGUUUACUGGACUGAUUCUACAAUCGUUCUACAUUGGAUUAAUACAUCACCCCAUACGCUGAAAACCUUUGUCGCUAAUCGUGUGACAGAAAUUCAACAGAAGACUCACACCUCAAAUUGUCGCCAUAUUCCCACUACCGAUAACCCUGCAGACCUCAUAUCUCGAGGCCAAUCACCCGAAGACUUCCUGCGACCAACCAUUUGGCAACAUGGACCGGAAUGGCUCCAACAACCCGAAAAAUACUGGCCGACGUGGAACCCAGUACCAUUAACUGAAAUACCAGAGCAGAAGAAAGCAACAUGUCUGUCCGUGACUCCGGCUGACCACAGUCUACUGGAGAGAUUUUCUUCUUGGCCCAAGCUGAUAAGAAUUACCGCUCGUUGCCUCCGAUGGAGACAAAAACAGGAUCGAGGGAGACCUCUAACCACACAUGAUUUAACCAAUGCGCAUAACUAA